AUGUCAGCCUCAGACCCUGCGUAUGACGUGUCGAAAGUGAAAGCGUUGGCUGAGCUUGUUAAUGCUACUUUGGAAUCCAGAGCAUACAUUGACACAAAGCUAUUAUUCCCAAGCGUAAAUUGGUCUUAUCUUAUUACAGAUCAAAUCAAAAACAACCCCAACCAUUCAAAACCUACUGAAACGAUUUACAAAAACGACGAAAACAUAUUACGUGUGAUGAAUGAGCUAGUCUUGAGUAUUGAUAAGAACCGCAGCCGUCAAAAGAGUCUCAACGAUACAUUGACAGUGAGAGAUCGCCAAAUUGAAGAAUUGAGUCAACGAGUGGUGACCCUAGAGAAGAGAUUAGCUGCAACAGAGCAUAGGAGUCGUGAUUCGCAAAUCGAUCAUACUGCAUUGAUGAAACGAAUCUUUCACUUGUCUCAGGCUAACAAAUUGCAACUGAAGGAUAUAAAAUCGUUGACAACUGCAAACAAGGAUCUUCAAGCGAAAUUUCGAGUUGAGUUGAAACGCAAGAACUUGGCAAUAAGCAAUUUGAAGAAUAAAUUGGUUGAGAAAAGGACGCUUAGUUCAACUAUUGAAUAUGGAAUACCGGUAACUCCAUCAUCACUGCAACCAUCCACAAUCAAUCUUGGUGGUGGUGGUGGUGGUGAAGAUUCAAACGAAGGAAUUUACAACAAUACUCCAACGAUUGACAACUCUAUAAACACCGGUAUAACGUUCACCAAUCCUGAGCUAAUCAACCUUCAGCACAAUGACAACAGCAAUACCAGCAACGACAAUACAUCAGAAUAUAUCAAGUCACUAACAAUGAUUAUUGAAAGUAUAGCGGGUGAGAAUUAUAAACUAACAAAGUUUAUCCAACAUGUCAAAAACUACCUCUCUAUGGUCAAUUCACAAAUGACAACCUAUAAAGGAGUGGAAUUAGAUUUAGGGAUCCCCAACCCUUCAGAAACGAUUGAUUUGAAACAAAUAAAUGACGCAAUAGAUGGAUCUGUGAUUCAAAAGUUUUAUAAUGAGAUUGAUAAUGCCGAAGUUGUGCAAUUGCCACUAGUCAAUGAGUUUUAUAAAUUGUAUCAUAAUCUCAAACAAGUGUUGGAAUUGAUGGCUAAUGUUGGUAUAGAUCUGGAUGCACAAAAGGUCAUUGAUGAUCUUCGUCUGGAUUUGAAAGUGACAAAGGAUUGUUUGCAAGAUUCAUUGGAGAUGAACGAAAAAUGGAAGAAACUUGCUCGGAACAAAGAAGGUACAUGA